AUGUAAUAAACAAAAUCUUAUGAUGAAAUUUCGUAAGCUCGAUAUUAAGAAGAAAUAGGUGAUACAUCUAAUGAAAAUUUACCAAUUCUCAUUCAUCUAGAUGAUCCUCUACCAUCCUAAACAGAUUUUUUAGAUUUAUUUCUGUAAACUCUUCCAAAAACAAAAAAAAAAAUCGCAAGAAGAAAAAAAUGUGAUUUUCACACUAAGAAAAGAAAAAAAGUGAACAAAAAAAAACUAAUUUUUGAAAAACAUACUCCAUUUACUAUAGAGGAAGAUGAAAAAAUCCUCAAUCUUGUAAUAGAACAUGGUCCAAGAUUUUAAAUAAUUUCUUAGUUUUUUUUGGAUAGAAGUUAAAAUGCCGUAAAAAAUCGAUAUUAUAAGUUUUUACGAUACAAUUGGGACUUAAUACUUGGAGAGUAAGUUUUCUCAUUUAUUAAAUAGUCAUUAUCAACACCUUAAUUAUAUUAAUGAAGAUGAGAAUGCUUAACAUCAAAUAAAUUAGGAUUUAACAAAUUUUUUGGAAAGCAUGAAUUUUUAUCCAGAAGUUACAAACAUUAUAAGAAACUUCAUUACUUAAGUGGAUAAUCAUUUUAGAUGA